CCACCACGUGACUCCCCGGAGUUUGAAAGCUGAAGAUCUGAAUGGCUGAAUUCUACAGAACUGCUGGGACGGCAGGACAGAGCUUAGGCUUAGGCCUCAUGCAAACCUCUCACCUCCUUCCAGAGAUACUGCUACGACGACACGACAACGACAGCGCUGGCGACAAAGCCCGGUAUAAGCCGACCGAACAAGAGUACCUCGCUACACCCGAAUCGGGACUGCGGCUGCGCAUUAAGGCGGUAUAAGGCGGAAGCUUCGCUCGCACUUUAGCGCUAAGAAAUCGACUUCAAACACCUUGGAAGGUUACUGCUCCACCCAAAUUCUGGCCAGUAGGGAUCUCUGCCAAUUGAAAUCGCCUUUUGCCUGGUCAAGCUUGAGCGAUUUAGUCCUCCGAAACAGAUACUCCGACGUGUUCAGACGUUGUAGCAUAACCCUACGAGCGGGUUGACCUCAGCUACCUAACUUUUGCUACGCUUUGGGAGGUACCAGAGGUCGCCCGCUUCGCGAAUGAUCGUUGAUCUCGGGGCCUAUCGCUGAUACGAAUAAUCUAAGCCCCACUCCGCGCGGAAUUCCGAUAGUCCGCAGGCUUGCUAUAAUCCAUGAUGAGCACACUUUAGGGCCUGUUCUCUUUCAGCUGCACCUCCACUGCAGGUCGUGGCACCUAGUAUAGAUUGAAUUGG